ACAGUUCCUUAGAAGGAGAUUAUUCGUUCCUGUUCUUUGUUUGGUUUUGGGAGGAAGUGGAUGCUCGUCAUCUGAAGCAACUUUUUAAACAGGACGUCAUGCUGAAGUUUAGCGUCACCCAGUGCUCCAGCCACAAUGAGCGAAAGGUGACCUGUAAGCACCCGGUGUCAGGCAUCCCCUCCCAAGACAACUGCAUCUUUGUUGUAAAUGAACAUGUGAAUUGUGGAAAGCUUGUCCACCCUGACAAACCAAUAGAGGUUCUCACCAGGCCGGCUCCAAAGGCUUCACCAGAGCAGGGAAGCAGCAGUGAGAAGAAGGAACGUCCCAUGAGCACCAUGAGUGAGGCUUCCAACUACACCGGGGGCUCUGAUUACAGCACCUUCCCUGGCAGCCCUGCCACCACCAUCACUACUGCCACCACCACCUCCACCUCAUCCACACGGCCUUCUAGGUCUUCCAAAAAAGUCCACAACUUUGGCAAGAGGUCCAAUUCCAUCAAGAGGAACCCCAAUGCUCCGGUGGUCAAGAGCAACUGGCUUUACAAGCAGGACAGCACGGGCAUGAAGCUGUGGAAGAAGAGGUGGUUUGUUUUGUCGGACAUGUGCCUCUUCUAUUACCGCGAUGAGAAAGAAGACAACAUCCUGGGAAGUAUCCUCCUACCCAGCUUUCACAUCUCCAUGUUGUCGGUGGAUGAUCACAUCAGCAGGAAAUACGCAUUUAAGGCCACUCACCCCAACAUGCGGACAUAUUAUUUCUGUACCGACACAGCCAAAGAGAUGGAGACCUGGAUGAAAGUCAUGACGGACGCUGCUCUCGUCCACACUGAACCCGUCAGAAGAUUGGACAAAUUGAAAGUGGACCAGCGGACACCUCAAGAGUUGAACAACUUACUGAACCACAGAGUCCUGACGCGGCCCGAGAUCCAGAACAACGAACGCAAUCGAGAACCUGUGCGGCAACACUCCCUAUCACGAGCCGACAACAAACGGCAAAAAGAUGUAGAGAAACACAACGGCCAGAGGGAGCGGGAAUACUACACCUUACAGAGGGACGGAGAGAGGUACUCGCUGAAGAAAGAUGGAGUGAGCUACAUGCUCCAGAAGGAUGGAGAGAAGUAUCUCCUCCACAAGGAUGGAGAGAAGUACCUGCUACGAAAGGACGGGGACAAAUACUCACUGCAGAAAGAUGGAGAGGUGUACGCUAUUCACAGGGAUCUGGAGAAAUAUGCUGUUCAGAAAGUGGACGAUAAACACACAGUGACGCCGACGGAGGAGAAAUAUGCUCCAACUAAAGAUGGAGAGAAGUACCUGCUCACGAAGGACGGAGAAAAGUAUGCACUGCAGAAAGUGGGUGACCGGCACACACUCCAGAAAGAAGAACCGAAAUAUGUUCCACAGAAGGAAGUGAAGAGACAGUUAUCACUACGGGAGACAGAAAGGUACGGCACGAUGAGGGAGGGGGAAAAUAAGUAUGGCACCAUACAUGUCGUGGACAAAUAUGGCACUCUGAAGGAGGUGAAGAAAUACUGUACGCUACGAGAGGGGAAUAAAUACGCUACUCUGAGAGAUGCAGAAAAGUAUGCUACGCUUCGUGAUGGGGAUAAAUAUGGCUUCCAGAGAGACCCGAGCGCAGAGAGAUCUCUGACUAAAAUCAGCAGCAUCAAGCUGCAGCCAGCUCAGGCUGCUGCCAUCGCAGCUGCAGUGUCUGCAUCCCGCCAGAGCCAGGCCAACCUCGCCGCCCAGAAACCUGUGCAGGUCAACGGCUCCGGGUCCGGGCCAGGAGAACAGCGUGUGGACUGCAGCCCGGCAGAAGUGGACAGCAGCAUGGCCAGAGGUCCUGUCAAGUCUCCAGCUCCAGUCCAGGAGCCAGGGACAGGCCUGUCCAGGACCAACUCCAUGCAGCAGCUGGAGCACUGGGUCCGCACUCACAGGACGAGAGGGCUGGACGACGACACGAGGAGCGUUACAUCCUACCAGACCUUACCCAGGAACAUGCCCAGCCACCGUGCCCAGAUCGUGCCCCGCUACCCUGAGGGCUAUCGCACGCUGCCUCGCAACAGCAUGAUGAGGCCCGAGAGCAUCUGCAGCGUGGCGGGUUCCGUGUACGACCGGGCUUUGUGUCCAGCCUCCAACACCACUGUCAGCACGGCAGAGAAGCGGAGGUCGAUGAGGGACGACACCAUGUGGCAGCUGUACGAGUGGCAGCAGAGGCAGGCCUUCUCCAGGCAAAGUCUGGCUCAGCCAACAGCUGUGGGUCAUUACGGCACCCUGCCCAGCACAAAGACCAUGGGCAACAUCUCUGAACAUGCUGUGGCGCACUCCAUCCCCACCUCACCAUCCCACAACUCCCUGGCUCUCUACAGCACCUUCUCCCCUCCCCGCCAGCAGCCCACUCCCAACCCCAGCAGCUCCCACUCCGAGGUGUCCUCACCAGUCUUCGCGGGGGACUCGACGCUGGACCGCCGGCACAGGACGCACCUCGCCAAGUAUGGCUACCCACCUGAUCGACGAUCCAUCGCAGCCGGUGUCCCUCCUCAAACCAUCACCCCACAGUCGCUGCAAGGCAAGACGCCCGAGGAGCUGACACUGCUGCUGAUCAAGCUCCGCCGGCAGCAGGCGGAGCUCAACAGCCUGCGGGAGCACACAGUAGCUCAGCUAAUGACCCUGGGUUUGGAGGGCCCCAACGCCAAGAUCAGCCCAGACGACUACAAAGACGGCUCCGUCGUCCCGCGCACAGAGGAGGCUGACAUAGACACCAAGCUAAGCAGACUGUGUGAGCAGGACAAGACGGUGAGGAUGCAGGAGGAGAAACUGAAGCAGCUACACAGAGAGAAGCACACACUGGAAACAGCCCUGCUGUCUGCCAGUCAGGAGCUGAGUGAACAGAGCGGCUCGAAUGCUGCAGCCACACAGAGUCUGGUCCAGCAGAGAGACGUGCUGCAGAACGGCCUGCUCAGCACCUGCAGAGAGCUGUCCAGAGUCAACACUGAGCUAGAGCGCUCCUGGAGGGAGUACGACCGGCUGGAGGCAGAUGUCACUUUGGCCAAGACCAACCUACUGGAGCAGCUGGAGGCCCUGGGCAGCCCACAGACAGAGCCUCCAAGUCAGCGGCACAUCCAGAUCCAGAAGGAGCUGUGGAGGAUUCAGGACGUGAUGGAAGCUCUGUCCAAAAAUAAACCACAGCGGAGCACAGACGGCACAGAUUUUCCGGGCUCCAAACCGCUGUCCAGUCAACAGAAAAAUGAGCAAGCUCCAGACUACCGGCUGUAUAAGAGCGAGCCCGAGUUGACGACGGUGAAGGAGGAAGUGGACGAGGCCAACGGGGAGGACAAGGACAAGGCCGAGACGUCUUCUGAGAGUAAGGACACUUCAGCCUCCAAAGUGCCCCCCUACCCCGUGGGCAUUGUCCCUCCAAGGACCAAAUCUCCCAUGAGCCCUCCCGAGUCCUCCACCAUCGCCUCCUAUGUCACCCUGAGGAAGACCAAGAAACCUGAGUCCAAAUCUGAUCGUCCCAGGAGUGCAGUGGAUCAGACAGGAUUUGGGGAAAGAGAGGUGGGCAGGACGAGGAUGAGCGUGGAGGAGCAGCUAGAGAGGAUAAGAAGAAACCAGCAGGCCUCGUCACUCCGUGAGAAGAAGAGAGAAACCCCAUCUCGCUCGCCCUCCUUCAGCAAAGACAACCCGUUCAUCGUCCUGCAGAAUCGUGCCCAGACGGAGGGGGCCUGUGCAGACCCUGUGGAGCUGGAGGCGGCUCUGCAGCAGCUAAAGGCGGCUCACAUGGAGCAGAGCAAGAUGGCUGCCGAGGCGGCAGAAACGCACACAGACACGGUGCCGACACAGGAGGUGCAGAGAGCGGAGGAGGUGAAAAAUGCCAGGUGUGAGGAAAAGCAGCAGGACAGGGAUAUGACCCUGCAGAGUGUGAAGAAGCCACAGGCUGAGACCAACAGCAUAGACAGCGAGCUGUGUGAAAGCCAGAGGGUGGUGAUUCUGGACCUGGGCACAGAGCCUCAGCGUGUGGAGAUUGUGAACUUUCAGCCCUUUGAGGAUGACGAAAGCAGAGAGCAAGACCUGACCAGCUCUCCUACAAACACCACCACAGAAAACAGCUUCCAGACUCCAGAGCCUGAGACGCCGAGCCCAGAGCCUAAAGAGGAGGAGACGGACGCGAAGCAGCAAACCACCAGAGAGGAGAGCCUGGAGAGGAGCCUGGAUUCAUACAACAAGCUGACAACAGACAACAAGAAACACAACAACAACAACAACAUGUUGGCAUCGCAGACGUUCACCUUGGUGAGCAGCGACACGUGAGUGAUGCUGGCCUCGACAUCCGCACCGGCGUCCCGUAGAGCCCAGAUGUAGCCAGUCUGCACAGAGCAUGCUCCAUGGCUUCCUGCGUUUACAACAGAACUACUUUGACACUACUGUUACAUGCCCACAUGGAGAAGGAGAGAGUGUGACGGUGCUGCUAACCGACUGACCAACACCCAGACGAGCAGCCAUCACAUCCAGACAGGGAGAGGCAGAUGUACUGUAUCUUUAGCACCUGUUAGAUCUGUCCAUACUGAUAUGUCCUCAAGCAAAACAUACAUCUAUGGAGUCCCAUUUGUCCCCAAACAUGUCUGCAUUAAAAAAAAGAUUGUGAAAUGGUUUAGUCAAUGUGAAGGUUACAAAUGAUGUGUUUUAACCAAAACCUACCCGAGCAAGCAUACAAUUACAAUAAACCCUUUUUCUGGGUUCCAACAACCAUUUUAAGUCCAUUACUGGAAAGGAAGCAGUAAACCAAGGACCAGGCGAUUAACUCAAGGGUAGACUGAAGUUUUAAACCACGUGACCAAACUUUGUCAUCCAGUCAAGCACAGAGGUUUAAUAAGAAAGGGACGUGUAUACGCUAGUUUGUUUCUGAUGGCUUCCUGUCUUGAUGAACACUAAUGCUGACAGAAAGAUGGAACUUUUUCAAAUCAGCACAUACUUCUUAGAACAAGUAUCAUCUGUUUAGCCAGUCGAGUUGUAAAAGUGGAUCAGAUGUAUGUUUCCUCCGCUCUCCACAUGUGUCGUCCACUGCAGUUCAGAUUUAUUGUUCUUGCCCACGAGGCCUCAAACACUGGGGUAGGUGUUGGUAAUGAGGCUCAUCUUUGUGCUCCUGGUGUAACCGUCUCCUCUUUGUGUCUUGGUCCCAGAGCUGUUCACAGCCUGUUCCUUUUCAUUUUACAGAUUACAGAGAUUUACAGAGAUUGAACUUUUUAAGAGCUUUGUUUGUCUGCUUCUUUUAAAAGCUUUCAUUUAAAUUCACAAGACGCAGCCUUUUAUAUUCUAAAUCUUUCCAUUUGAGAUUUAGAAAUGGUUAAAGGCAGACUCAUUACGCAGCUUUAUUCAUUACUGCCUCGUACUGUUCCGCACAACUGGUUUAGUAGAAAAGUAGAAAAAUAAAACGAAGGAGCUGGCAGACAUUUUCCCCAGUAGUAUCUGAGGAUUUCAUUGUUUUAUGGUUUUAGUCCUUCUCCUGGAGAGGAUAGGAAUUUGGGCACAUUAUCAGGACGUGUUGGGUUCCAUCACGGUACUCCCUUGUGCUGUUUGCUUUCUUUAAUGGACAAAAUCUCUAGAAGCAGCCACAGGAUGAAAAUAUUCAUUAUAGUCUCUUCAGGAUUCAUGGUUCUGUUGGCUUCCUAACACUGCGACCUCACUGACCUACGAGGACGUGGCUGGAAAGCAGAGUGAGCUGGGUAGCUGGCUCUGGGGUGAGGAGUGACUUGUUGCACCAGGGUGAAGGACUUCAGGCAUCUGAAGGUCAUGUUCAUGAAUGAGGGGAACAUGACGGGUGGAUUGUACAGGACUGUUCAGGUGAAGUAGCAACUGAAGCUGAAGGUAGAGCCUCUGGUUGUUUUAAGUCGACUUUUCAACCCUUAUCUAUGAGCUUUUGGUAGAGACCAAAAGAACAAGAUAACAAAUGCAAGCAGAUGAAACUAGUCUCCGAGGCAGGUGCUCAUCCUUAGUGACUGGAUGAGGAGUUCAGACGUCCACAAGAAGCUCAGAGUAGAACCGGCACCCAUUAGGGCUGGUAGCAUUUUCUGUUCUCCGGAUAUUCAGUCCAAUUAAUGACGAAUAUCCCGAACAGUUGGGAGGGGAUGGCGGCUGAGUAUUUGUUCUGCAGGGGGGCACGCAGUCUCUGCCGGGGUGGAAGUGGGCGGGACACAUGGACAGACAGCAUUUGGCUACUAAGACCAGUUUAGGUGUAUCCGCCAUCAGUGUCGGCGGCGACCAGGGAGAUAUUCAGAGAAUUGAUAUCCCGAUUCCAGCACAGCUAGCGAACCGUCGGCUAGUCGGCUAUUCUGGUCCAGCCCUACUUCCCAUAUAGACAGGAACCAGCUGAACUGGUUUGGGUGUGUUUCAAGAAAGCAUGCUGGACACCUCUGUAGCAUCUGAAGGCCAUAUUCAUAAGUGAGAGGAACACAGGAAGUGGGGCUGAUGGGUGAACUUUAUUGGACGUUUAAGGUGAAGCAGGAGCUGAAGUUGAAGACGAUGGUACAGCUUUAAAGAUCAGAACCAUCGCCGUUGGUCAUGAGCUUUGGGGAGUGACUUAAAGAAGGAGAUCAUGGUUGGAUGUAGGUAAAGUGAACAGGGUGACAGGGUUCACCUCAGACUGGACGAGGAGCUCAGACCUGAAGGGCACCAGUUGAGGUGGUUGGAGGAUGUGGCCAGGAUGCAUCCUGGAUGCCGUUUUAUGGGGGUUUCUGGAAGGCAAACUUUCAAUGCCGACUUCCUGUAUUUAUAAUGAAUAUUUAUCACUAAAGCCUGUUUGGUCGUUGUACGUGUAAAAAGGCAGCGUGUCCAGAUGCUGAUUGAAACACGUACCUAGACUACUGCAUUUUUAAACGGUUCCGUCCUGUUCUUUGGACCGUCUCUCUGCAUCCAUCAGCUAGCUCACCGUCUAAAGCCAUCACAGACGCUGGGUGCCAGUUUUGUUUUGCUUUUUUUUCCUCUUAAAGGCCAUGAAAGAAUAUUUCUGGAUAAACAAGAAUUACAGCUAUAAAUAGAACAAAACCAUUUUACAAUCUUUAUCGUAUGUGUGACUUGUUUUGGGGUAAUAAAGCACCAUAGAACUGUGUUGCCAAAUAUAUACACACACAUCGAUAUACAGAGCUUUUGAUACCUUACUAAGUAUUAAAGUCAUCUUAACAUAAUUAUUAAUAAAAUUAGAUUAAUCUACAGAUCUGGAGGAGGGAAUGUUGGCUGUUUGUGAGUUGCUGAAGGCGAGUGUAAAGCUGUGUAUAGGAGCACUUUAGAAGUCUCACCACAGAUGGGCUAAGCACCAAAACCCAACACACAUGCAGUGCUUUAUGUUACCCCAAAGUGACCGCUUUGAUUUUAACCUGCUCUGAUUUUGAUUCUUUGUGUUGAUUGAAGACUGGAGGAUCCCUUAUCGCUCUGCAUUUUCUCACCUUAUGCACCGACAGCACAGCAUAUAUUUUAUGUAUGUAUAUAUAUGAUAUAUGCGCUGCUGUUUUUCCCUUUUUUUGGCCAGGACACAGUGUUUUGAUGAAGUUAUUUAUGCCAAGCAGAUGGUUUGAAGUCGGCCGUUCACCACACACGCAGUAUGUGAAUGUGUUGGAUUGCAGUCUGCUUGUUCAGUUUGUGUGUCUUUUGUUUGUCUCUCUUUGGUUUGCAUCACUUAGAAGAUACACAGUGAAGAGGCUACGAACAUGACACGGAUUGUGAUUUUGAAGCUGUGGCAGGUGGUGAUGAAUCGGAGAAUAGCACAUGUACGAAGCAAUAAGUAGGACUGUGGAGCUCCAGGACACAAAAGAAAUUUAAAUUAUGUAUAAACUGUAAAAAAUAAAGACAAAAAAAACAAAAAUAAAAUAAGAUAGCAUAAUUUAUGUACACACUGAAAAGAAGAAGAGUGAAUAUUAUAACUAUAAGAGGUUAUUAUUAAUAUUAUUAGGGUCAAUAUGCAAAAAGUUCAUACCCCAUCUGUUUUAUAUCAUGUGAAAUAAAUGUUGAUGUUCUUAAACAUG